AUGAAUAAUGUAAAUUAAUUUGAUAGAUCAUUGUUGACAGUUGAUAUAGUAGGUGCUUAACCAAAAUAGAAGAGUUCUUACUUAGACAAGAUAAUUCCAUAAGAUAUUCGCUAAACAAAUAAUAUGAAAUUGCAGUUUAUCUAAUAUUAUAAUAUUUUCUAGAUAUACAAUACCUAAAUAAGAUCCCCAAUAUGGACGUAGGAGAUAUUAGCAUGAUUUUCAUCAUUUCUGCAAUAGUUGUGUUCCUUAAGGAGAGAACUAUUUUGAUGGUUCGCACAAAAAACAUUAUAACUUACAUUAAGGAGAAAUCAAAUAAUAUAGAGCUUUAGAGAAUUAUUAUGAUUAACCAAAGUAUUAGUAUAUAAUAUAAGGAAAUUUAUAAGGGGACAGAUUAUUGGCAACUAAUGAUAUAGAAGGAGCUAUUCCAGGGACAUAUACAAGUAAGGUUGUGAGAAAUUAAGAGAAAGCAUAGAAAAUAAGACAAGAGAGAGAUUAUUUAAGAGCUUAAAAUAAUAAGGCACUUUAUCUUUCUUAAUUGGAAUCAAAUAUAAAUUAUUAAUCUGAAUUUGAAAAAUAACCAUAAAGAAAUAAAUCAUAUUCUAUCUAAAUUACUCCUUAAAAUUAAGUAUUUGAAAAUAAGGUUACUGAAAUACAAUAACCAAAAUAUGAAUACAUGAAUAAACCUAUGAAACUUCCACCUAUAUUAGAGAGAGAAACACCUGUAAUCAAUCCUAUAUCUAAUAAAUUGUAAUUACGUUAAAAUUACAAAAAUUAUCUUUUAGAAGAUUAUGAUAAGACAAUAUCCAUGUUAUAAUAAAAUUAACCUAUGAGAUUAUUUGUAUGA